GCCGGCCGAGGGGCGCCUCCUGCAGGACCCCGAGCGGCCCGGUCCUCUGCUAGUCGCGGGUCUCAGGCGCCCCCUCCCCGCCGUGGCGGCCUAGCAGUUGUCAGCAGCGGUCGCCGCCGCCGCGAGGCCAGAGCAGAGCCGGGAGCCGAGGGAGGGGACCCCGCGAGAGGGCAGCGCCCCGGCCGCUGCCGCCCGGGCGCUAAGGGUCGCGGCCCUUCUGGCAAGGAUGGCGGUGCUCAGGCAGCUGGCGCUCCUGCUCUGGAAGAACUACACUUUGCAGAAGCGGAAGGUCCUGGUGACCAUCUUGGAGCUCUUCCUGCCCUUGCUGUUUUCUGGGAUCCUGAUUUGGCUUCGCCUGAAGAUCCAGUCAGAGAACGUGCCCAAUGCCACCCUCUACCCCGGCCAGUCCAUCCGAGAGCUGCCACUGUUCUUCAGCUUCCCGCCACCGGGAGCCGCCUGGGAGCUCGCCUACAUCCCAUCCCAGAGUGACGCCGUGAGGACCGUUGUGGAGACAGUGAGGAGGAUGCUGGUGAUCAACAUGAGAGCUCGCGGCUUCCCCUCCGAAAAGGACUUUGAGGACUACGUCAGGUACGACAACCGCUCUGCCAACGUGCUGGCCGCCGUGGUGUUCGAGCAUGCCUUCAACCACAGCAGGGAUCCCCUGCCGCUGGCGGUGAAAUAUCACUUACGGUUCAGUUACACGCGAAGAAAUUACAUGUGGACCCAGACAGGCUCCUUUUUCCUGAGAGAGACAGAAGGCUGGCACACCACUUCCCUUUUUCCACUCUUCCCCAGCCCAGGACCAAGGGAACCCACAUCCCCUGAUGGCGGAGAACCUGGGUAUAUCCGUGAGGGCUUCCUGGCCGUGCAGCAUGCCGUGGACAGGGCUGUCAUGCAGUACCACGCCAACGCCUCCACGCACCAGCUGUUUGAGAAGCUCACCGUGAUCGCCAAGAGGUUCCCUUACCCGCCUUUUAUCUCGGACCCCUUCCUCGUCGCCAUCCAGUACCAGCUUCCCCUGCUGCUCAUGCUGAGCUUCACUUACACCUCACUCAGCAUCAUCCGGGCUGUCGUGCAAGAGAAAGAGAGGAAACUGAAGGAAUACAUGCGCAUGAUGGGGCUCAGCAGCUGGCUGCACUGGACCGCAUGGUUCCUCCUGUUCUUCCUCUUCCUCCUCAUCACCGUCUCCUUCAUGACCCUGCUCUUCUGCAUCAAGGUGAAGAAGAAUGUGGCAGUGCUCGCGCACAGUGACCCCUCGCUGGUGCUAGUCUUUCUGGCCUGCUUUGCUAUCUCCUCCAUCUCCUUCAGCUUCAUGGUCAGCACUUUCUUCAGCAAAGCCAAUGUGGCAGCAGCCAUCGGGGGCUUCCUCUACUUCUUCACGUACAUCCCUUACUUCUUCGUUGCCCCUCGAUACAACUGGAUGACGCUUAGCCAGAAGCUGUUCUCCUGCCUCCUGUCCAAUGUUGCCAUGGCAAUGGGAGCCCAGCUCAUAGGAAAAUUUGAAGCAAAAGGCACAGGUGUCCAGUGGCGAGACCUCCUGAGUCCUGUCAACGUGGACGACGACUUCUCCUUUGGGCAAGUGCUCGGCAUGCUAUUGCUGGACUCCGUCCUCUACAGCCUGGUGACCUGGUAUGUGGAGGCCAUCUUCCCAGGCCAGUUCGGUGUGCCCCAGCCCUGGUAUUUCUUCAUCCUGCCCUCAUAUUGGUGCGGACACCCGAGGACAGUUCUAGGGAAAGAGGAGGAAGACGAUGAUCCUGAGAAAGUGCUUAGGACCGAGUACUUUGAAGCUGAGCCAGAGGACCUGGUAGCCGGGAUCAAGAUCAAGCAUGUGUCCAAGGUGUUCAGAGUGGGGAACAAGGGCAAGGCAGCUGUCAGAGACCUGAACCUGAACCUGUAUGAAGGCCAGAUCACUGUUCUGCUGGGCCACAACGGCGCGGGGAAGACUACCACCCUCUCCAUGCUCACUGGUCUCUUUCCCCCGACCAGUGGACGGGCAUAUAUCAGUGGGUAUGAAAUCUCCCAAGAUAUGGCUCAGAUCCGGAAGAGCUUGGGCCUGUGCCCGCAGCAUGACGUCUUGUUUGACAACCUGACUGUCGCAGAACACCUGUAUUUCUAUGCUCAGCUGAAAGGCUUGUCGCGCCAGAAGUGCCCUGAAGAAGUCAAACGCAUGCUGCACAUCCUCAGUCUGGAGGACAAGGGGGACUCCCGGAGCAGGUUCCUGAGCGGGGGGAUGAGGCGCAAGCUCUCCAUCGGCAUUGCCCUCAUCGCAGGCUCCAAGGUGCUGAUGCUGGACGAGCCCACCUCAGGCAUGGACGCCAUCUCCAGGAGGGCCAUCUGGGACCUUCUUCAGCAGCACAAAAGUGACCACACCAUCCUGCUGACCACCCACUUCAUGGAUGAGGCCGACCUGCUGGGGGACCGCAUCGCCAUCAUGGCCAAGGGGGAGCUGCAGUGCUGCGGGUCAUCUCUGUUCCUGAAGCAGAAAUAUGGCGCAGGCUACCACAUGACGCUGGUGAAGGAGCCUCACUGCAACCCCGAGGGCAUCUCCCGGCUGGUCCACCACCAUGUCCCCAACGCCACCCUGGAGAGCAGUGCCGGAGCAGAGCUGUCGUUCAUUCUUCCCAAGGAGAGCACACACAGGUUUGAAAGUCUUUUUGCUAAACUGGAGAAGAAGCAGAAGGAGCUGGGCAUCGCCAGCUUCGGGGCCUCUGUCACCACCAUGGAGGAAGUCUUCCUGCGGGUCGGUAAGCUGGUGGACACCAGCAUGGACAUCCAAGCCAUCCAGCUCCCUGCCCUGCAGUACCAGCACGAGAGGCGGGCGAGUGACUGGGCUGUGGACAGCCACCUGUGCGGGAUGAUGGACCCGACUGACGGCGUCGGCACCCUGAUUGAGGAGAACACUGCCGUCAGGCUCAACACCGGGUUGGCCCUCCACUGCCAGCAGUUCUGGGCCAUGUUCCUGAAGAAGGCCGCAUACAGCUGGCGGGAGUGGAAGAUGGUAACGGCCCAGGUCCUGGUCCCUCUGACAUGCAUCACCCUGGCCCUCCUGGCCAUCAACUACUCCUCCGAGAUCUUCGAUGACCCCCUCCUGAAGCUGACCUUGGCCGAGUAUGGCAGAACCAUCGUGCCCUUCUCGGUUCCCGGGACCUCUCGGCUGGAUCAGCAGCUGUCAGAGCAUUUGAAAGACAUGCUGCAGGCUGAGGACCAGGAACCUCGAGAGGUGCUGGGUGACCUGGAGGAGUUCCUGAUUUUCAGGGCCUCGGUGGAGGGGGGCGGCUUUAACGAGCGGUGCCUGGUGGCGGCAUCCUUCAGAGACGUGGGCGAGCGCACAGUGGUCACUGCCCUGUUCAACAACCAGGCGUACCACUCACCGGCCACCGCACUGGCCAUCGUGGACAACCUUCUGUUCAAGCUGCUGUGCGGCCCUCAGGCCUCCAUCAUGGUCUCCAACUACCCUCAGCCCCGGAGUGCCCUGCAGGCCGCCAAGGAUCAGUUCAACGAGAAUCUCCCAGUUCUUGGCUGGGGACUCCUGCCCCACAUCCUUCUCGGCCUUCCACACUCAGCCUUCCCUUGGACAGCAGAUAAGCUGGGGCCGGAAGGGAUUCGACAUCGCCCUCAACUUGCUCUUCGCCAUGGCGUUCUUGUCCAGCACGUUCUCCAUCCUGGCGGUCAGCGAGAGGGCCGUCCAGGCCAAGCACAUGCAGUUUGUGAGCGGAGUCCACGUGGCUACUUUCUGGCUCUCGGCUCUGCUGUGGGACCUCAUGUCCUUCCUCAUCCCCAGUCUGCUGCUGCUGCGGUCAAGUUAGAAGAACUUUCCAGAACCCUGGACCGCGUGUUCCUGGUGCUGCCCAACCACUGUUUGGGGAUGGCGGUCAGCAGCUUCUACGAGAACUACGAGACAAGGAGGUACUGCACCUCCUCCGAAGUGGCAGCCCACUACUGCCGGAAACACAACAUCCAGUACCAGGAGAACUUCUAUGCAUGGAGCACUCCGGGGGUUGGCAGGUUCGUGACCUCCAUGGCUACCUCAGGGUUUGCCUACCUCACCCUGCUCUUCCUCAUUGAGACCGAUCUGCUGUGGAGGCUGAAGGCCUGCCUGUGUGCCUUCCAGAGGAGGCGGGCGCUGACAGAAGUGUACACCCGGACGUCGGCGCUUCCUGAAGACCAGGAUGUGGUGGAUGAGAGGAACCGCAUCCUGGCCCCCAGCCUGGACUCCCUGCUGGACACGCCUCUGAUUAUCAAGGAGCUCUCCAAGGUGUAUGAGCAGCGAGCACCCCUCCUCGCCGUGGACAAGGUCUCCCUCGCAGUCCAGAAAGGGGAGUGCUUCGGCCUGCUGGGUUUCAAUGGAGCCGGCAAAACCACGACUUUCAAAAUGCUGACCGGGGAGGAGACCAUUACUUCUGGGGACGCCUUUGUUGGGGGCUACAGCAUUAGCUCUGACAUCGGGAAGAUGCGGCAGCGGAUUGGCUACUGCCCCCAGUUUGAUGCCCUGCUGGACCACAUGACGGGCCGGGAGACACUGGUCAUGUACGCCCGGCUCCGGGGUGUCCCCGAGUGCUACAUCGGUGCCUGCGUGGAGAACACGCUGCGGGGCUUGCUCCUGGAGCCGCAUGCCAACAAGCUGGUCAGGACGUAUAGCGGCGGCAACAAGCGGAAGCUCAGCACCGGCAUUGCCCUUCUUGGAGAGCCAGCAGUCAUCUUCCUGGACGAGCCGUCCACUGGCAUGGACCCCGUGGCCCGGCGCCUGCUCUGGGACACCGUGGCAAGGGCCCGCGAGUCUGGAAAGGCCAUCGUCAUCACCUCCCACAGCAUGGAGGAGUGUGAGGCCUUGUGCACCCGGCUGGCCAUCAUGGUGCAGGGUCAGUUCAAGUGCCUGGGCAGCCCACAGCACCUCAAGAGCAAGUUUGGCAGUGGCUACUCCCUACGGGCCAAGAUCCGGAGUGACAGGCAGCAGGAGGCCCUGGAAGAGUUCAAGGCAUUCGUGGACCUGACCUUCCCAGGCAGCGUCCUGGAAGAUGAGCACCAAGGGAUGGUCCAUUACCACCUGCCUGGCAAUGACCUCAGCUGGGCGAAGGUGUUUGGUGUUCUGGAGAAGGCCAAGGAGAAGUAUGGCAUGGAUGACUACUCUGUGAGCCAGAUCUCGCUGGAGCAGGUCUUCCUAAGCUUCGCCCACCUGCAGCCACCUGUUGAGGACGAGGGGCCGUGAGGAGCUGGGCUCACAGAUGGGCAUCCUCUCUCGCUCCGAGUUCACCUCAUCCUGCACCUUUAUUUCUGAUCACUGUUUUCUACAAUGGAUUCAAGAAUCAAGGCACAGUAUGGACCGGGUGUGUCGCGCCCUCAUGCCGGGAAGCAGCAUGGGAAUGUCCACGUCUCAGGCAUUCUGAAGCCCGCUGUCCAAAACUCAAGAUCCCCACCAAGAGCGUGUUGGGCAGUCUGUGCGGGCAGGCUGCGGGGUCUGGGCGGAGAGCUGUCCCGGAAGGGGCCUCACUGACCCAGGGUUCAAGAGUACCCAGCCAUAUCCCUGCAUUCGCACCUGGCACGGAGCUUCCCAGGGGAGGCCUGCAGGACAGUGGGCAUCGGGCUCACCAGGCUGCCCAGGAUGGACAGAAAGAUGCCUGUCGCUGUCCUCAGGGGAGAUGCAGCUGAAUUAGGCACUGAGGUCUUGGUUUCCAGUGCAGCUGGGUGUCCUGGAGUCCCUCUCCUGAGAGGGUGGACACUGCACCAGACAGAGCCGGCCUUGAGCCCGGUGUCAUCCCACCAGCAUCUUCCAGAGUGACCAGUGAGGGGAGGGGUGAGCCACGGGCCGGGAGGCCAGUUGGGGACCACCAUGGGGCUGAGCGGCCACCCAUGGAGGGCACACCUAGUGCGUGGUGACUGUCCGCAAAAUAAAGGCUGGGAGGGAACAUAACCGUGGUCUGUGAGUCACGAGGUGGGCCUGCGGGCCCCGUCACCCAGCGCAGUCCCAGCACGAGCCUCCUGUAUCAAGUUCCAGACAAAAACAAGUGCUCGUUUUUCCCAGUACGUAGUCAAUUUACAGAACUUGCUGCUGUGGAAUAAGCCAAAAAUGCAAGUGCACAAUCAGGGUAGCUAAAUGGCCACCUGGAAGACCCUUCAUCCAGGGUGAGGAAAGAGGCAUGUAGGGUUGGCAGAGGAGGGUGUGGAGCUGGGUGGGCAGGAGGCCUUUGGCUCCAGGGCCACUUGGCUUUACACCAUUUUCCAGGAGAGUUUUCUUCAGCAUCAGCUCCCUUUUAUUAAUAAGACGCACUCAUUUCUUAUGGCUUUUUUUUUUUUUUUUUUUUUGCGGUACGCAGGUCCCUCACUGUUGUGGCCUCUCCCGUUGCGGAGCAUAGGCUCCGGACGCACAGGCUCAGCGGCCAUGGCUUACGGGCCCAGCCGCUCCGUGGCAUGUGGGAUCUUCCCGGCCCGGGGCACGAACCCGUGUCCCCUGCAUCGGCAGGCGGACUCACUGCACCACCAGGGAAGCCCAAUGGCUUUCUUUUUAACCUUUUUUUUAGUGGUUUGAGAGACGGCAAUUUUUAUUUGUUUGUUUAUUUAUUUAAUUAUUUAGCUGUAUUGGGUCUUCAUUGCUGUGCACAGGCUUUCUGUAGUUGUGGCAAGCACGAGCUACUUUUCAUUGCAGUACGCGAGCUGCUCAUUGCGGUGGCUUCUCUUGUUGCGGAGCACGGGCUCUAGGCGCACGGGCUUCAGUAGUUGUGGUUUGUGAGCUCUAGAGAGCAGGCUCAGUAGUUAUGGCUCAGGGGCUUAGUUGCUCUGUGGCAUGUUGGAUCUUCCCGGACUAGGGAUCGAACCCAUGCCCCCUGCAUUGGCAGGAGGAUUCUUAACCACUGUGCCACCAGGGAAGUCCUCUUAUGGCUUUCUAAAUUUCCGUGAUUUGAAUCUCUGUGCCUUUUACAUUACCUUAGAAUUCAUAGGUUUAGAAAAGACUUGUUUUCAUCACUCUGGUUAAUUUGGUACAGUUUCAAAUUUGCAUUUUUAUCAUUCUCUCAAAGUUUAUGAACGUUGCAAAUAGUUUCUUGUAGCUCUUUUAUUCCCUUUAAGAUUCUUCCAACCAUCAUCAUUUAGUUCCAUAUUAUUAA